AUGACUAGCAACCUAAUCGUCAAGCCAUGGUUGCCUCAGACACCAGCCCCCGAAGUCACUUUCUAUAACGCGAAUCUGAUUGAUACCGACUCAGGCGAAGUGAAACCUAACUCUAUCGUGAAGAUCAAGGAUGGUCUCAUCGUCGAUGUGACGACUGGAAGCGCAGAGUCUCACUCUCUGCUGGAUGGAACCAAUGCUGUGAACCUGAAGGGCCAAUAUCUCUGCCCAGGCCUUAUCGACUGCCAUGUUCAUCUGACAGCCACACCCGGGGCUCUUUCGCUGAAGGAUCUGUUUUCGGCAAGUCCUAAUACCAUUGCAUACCGGACGGCAUUUGUCGCGCGAGAGAUGCUACUACGUGGAUUCACUACAGCUCGCGAUACAGGCGGAGCGGACUCGUCUCUUCGCGAGGCUAUUAAAGAAGGUCUCAUCAUUGGUCCUCGAUUGUUUAUCGCUGGAAAAGCCCUAUCUCAAACAGGAGGCCACGGAGACCUGCGGGCUAGUUAUGAAGGAGAAGAGCAAAAGUGCUGCGGGGGUCAUUCGCCUGCCUUUGCUCGUGUAUGUGACGGCGUGCCCGAAUGCCUCAGUGCGGUGCGAGAUGAGCUACGACAAGGCGCAGAUUUCAUUAAAAUCAUGUGCGGUGGAGGCGUUGCCACUCCAUCAGAUGCCCUCGACAUGCUGCAGUUCACUGCAGAAGAAAUACGUGCCAUCACAACGACUGCCAAAUACUCCAAAACUUAUGUCACAGCUCAUGCAUACACCGUUGAUGCAAUCCGUCACGCUGUCGAUAAUGGAGUGAUGGGAAUUGAGCACGGAAACUUCAUUGACGAGGAGACUGCGGCUUACUGCACCAAGAAAGGAGUUAUUUUCACACCGACGCUUGUCGUCUACAAAAGCAUGACUCGGCCUCCGUUCGACAAUUUUCUCGAUAAAUUCAGCAAGGAGAAAAACCGGCAGGUUCUUGCAAGUGGGUUGGGUGCGCUUUCAGUUCUUCAGAAAGCAGGGGCAACGAUCUGUUAUGGAUCGGAUCUCCUAUCAGGCCUACACUCUCUGCAAAACGAGGAGUUUUCGAUCCGUUCUUCUGUUUUGAGUGCAAAAGAAAUCCUCCAGUCUGCCACAGUGAAUGCGGCCAAGCUUCUGGGGAUGGAGAAUCGACUAGGAUGCAUAAAGAAGGGGAGUAUUGCAGAUAUUCUCGUUCUGAAACAUAAUCCGCUUGAAGAUAUUACGAUCUUAGAUCGUAUUGAUGAAAGCCUGGUAGCCAUUCUUAAGGAAGGUCGAGUGGUUUUCAAGCGGUCGAGUUGGUUGGCUGUAGACCCAAUGUACGACCCAUGUCGUGUUCAAGCAGAAUGA